ACACAAAUUCUACAGCUCUGGCAGCUCUCAGAUCUUGUUUCUGUAGCUCAUUCUCAGCCUCUCAUCAACCAUCCAAAAUGGUUUACUCCUACACUCCGGCGUACUACUCCACCAUCCACGAUUCCAUCGCCUCCCUCUGCAAGACCAUCCUCCCCUUCUCCCUUAAGAAGAGGCGGUUACAGGCAGCAGAGCACCGAUUAUCGACCCUGCAAUCUGACAACCUCAAAUGGCAGCAAGAUUCUUUCCAUCAGAUCUUGAACUUGAUGGGUCUCCACAAAGAGGGGAUUUUGGCAGAAAGCGAAGUGGCAGCUUUCCGUACGCAUUUGCUCGAGACCCUAAUUGCUUCUCCACCGGAGCCCAAGCAAACAGUUAUCUUGAGAGAUAAAUUGGUCUUCUUGCAGGAGCUGCUUUAUGCAAAAUGUAUAUCAGAGGAGGAGUACCAUUCUUCAAAGAGGCCCUUGUUGCAGCAAUUAGCAGUACAAGGAGCUGAAAUUGAGCCAAGGGACAUAAUUGUUGCAAAACAACAGGAGAAUCAAGAAGAAGAAUGGUCAGUAAUUGACUUGAAAGAUGAAAGCUGCCUCCUUAACGGAUGCAAUUCACAGCCUUGUACAAAGAGCAAUUCUGCGGUGAAGCAGAUCAAAGAAGCAGCCUCUGUUUUUGGCUUUUUAUCCUCUCACAAAGCAAGUAAAAAUAGAACAGAAAAGAGCAUCUUUGAUUCAGAACCAAAGUUUUCUGUCUUUUCCUCUACCAAGAAUGAUUUGGCUUGUUCUGGAGAGAACCCAUUUUGGGAUGGUGAUUUGAAGACUAUCGGAAGUCAAACAAAGUCCAUUUUGAUGCAAGAAACUUCGUCAAUCGAAUCCAUCAACAUCAAGAAAAGUGGCGGUAGUACUGCCAAUAAGGUGAAGAGAAAACCCUUUAGGACUCUCUUCCAUAGAGAACAGAGAGAAGAGGAUGGAGGUGAGAAUUGUCAGGGUUCAGAGGAGAAAGGACCAAAAUAUGCAAAGAAGCAAUGGGGUUUUGAUGGAUUUAAGAAAUGGAAGAAAAAUGAUUCCGAUGAUGAGACUGCUCCUCUGCAUCUCAAUGAGAGAUCGGAUAGUGAAGCUUACAUACGAUCAAUUGGAGAGGGACCAGACACAAAACAAAUUAAGAGGAAUUUGCAUGCAAAUGGAUCUCCAUCAGAUUUCUUCAUUGAUAAGGUUCUAGGAGACAAAAUAAAGAAGGAAUUAUCACGAAUCCAGACGGAGCUCUCCACCACCAAUCCCAAUCUUCAAUUCUCGAAUGAACAAAUUGAAGCAAUUUCCACCACUCUUCCUGUAGACAAGACUGACCUAAAAAAAUUCUUUCCCAAGUCGUGGUGUGAUCGAUAUGGGGAUGUUGUACUGGAUGUUGUGAAGAAGGAGUUCAAGGAGCAUGUUGGGGAGUUGGAGCAUACAAGGAAUUCUACCAGAGAAAAACACAGCAGCAACACAAGGAGAUGGGUGGCAUUUGAAGACGAAAACCAUCACCCCAAUCUCUUUGCCAACAGUAACCAUACCAGUGUUGGUGCUAAAGGCUUCAAAAGUAACAAUCCGUUGUUCCGUGAUUACAAUGGCAAACCUGAAUCGAUAUGCUACCAAGAUCAGAAUCCCUUUUGGAAUCCAAGGCAUGGUUGAGUCACUUCAUUAGAUAAGGUGCAUGAUUUGUAAUUUCGUUUGAAUUGUAUUAUGAUUUGUCUAAUACUGAUUGUUAUUGAAGUGAAUGCUUUUCAAAAACCAAAUUCUCCACUGUCGCGAUUCACCAGACAGUUUUUCAAAGCUAAAAUCACGAGGAAACCAUGUUAAGAGUAAACUGGAAUUCAAAUU